AUGCCCAGUACAGAGACUGUCAACCCAUCCGACCCGUUGCAGAAGGCGACGAUGAGGCAAGCGCGAAGCUUGAAGCCCACCUUUUCACGAGGGGGUUUGGAGUCCCAGUCGUGGCACUGUGUCUCGAGCGCAUCCAAUGUGUCGCAUAUCCCAAGACCCCAUUCGCCGUUGCAGGUUUCCGAUCGGCUCGAAGCUGCGGAUGCUGCAAUCACCCAGCUUGUACUCCGGAUCCAUGAUGUGACUCGCGCCUCGGGCCCGCAGCAGUCACCUCUGGGUGCUGCCCAGAAGACACCCCGUGGUGGCUUCUGUCCGUUGCCAGGUUCGGUCGGUUCGGUCGAAGCUCUGCAUGCCGCCCAUGCAAGCUUGUUCUGUUCCCCGAUGCUCAAAGUACCAAAAGGCUCGAAGCACUGUUGCCAGAGGCCGAAUGGCGCUCAGCAACUGCCCGGGAGUCGGCUCCCUCCGGCGCCUGCUUGA